AUGGUGCUCCCUCGUCAGGAAAUCUGCAUCAAUGGUCGCAUAUACGAUGUCACUGAGUUCAUCAAUCGUCAUCCAGGUGGUAAGAUUAUCCUCUUCCAAGUUGGUGCUGAUGCCACUGAUGCUUUUCGUGAGUUUCAUGCUGGCAGUGAGAAGGCAGAGAAGAUCCUCAAAACCCUACCAUCCCGUGAUGAUGACGGUACUUUCCUUCCUUCAACCCAACGCUCCAUCAUGGAUGAUUUCAAACGCCUAAGAGAUGACCUCGUCAGCAGAGGUGUCUUCAAGCCAAGCGUCAUGCAUGUUGUAUACCGCUGCUUGGAAGUCGUUGCUCUCUAUCUCAUUGGCUUCUAUUUGGCUCUGUGCACCAGUAAUGUGUACGUUGGGUGUGCUGUACUUGGUGUAGCUCAAGGUCGUGCUGGUUGGUUGAUGCAUGAAGGAGGUCAUCACUCUCUGACUGGUAACUGGAAAGUUGACCAGUUCCUCCAAGAACUAUUUUUCGGCAUUGGUUGUGGUAUGUCAGCUGCGUGGUGGCGCAAUGCACACAACAAGCAUCACGCUGCUCCUCAGCAUUUAGGGAAAGAUGUUGAUCUCGAGACAUUGCCUCUGGUCGCCUUCAAUAAGGCCGUACUUCGAGGCCGUCUACCGUCUGUCUGGAUCAGAUCACAAGCUGUGUGCUUUGCACCGAUAUCAACACUACUGGUAUCGUUCUUUUGGCAAUUCUACCUACACCCGAGGCAUAUUAUUAGGACAGGUCGACGAAUGGAGUCUUUCUGGCUACUCGUACGCUACUUAGUUAUUGUGUACCUCGGGUUCAGCUAUGGAUUGGUAUCGGUCUUGUUAUGUUACAUCGCAAGUGUGCAUGUUGGUGGUAUGUACAUCUUUGUACACUUCGCUCUAUCACAUACACAUUUACCUGUCAUUAACCAGCAUGGUAGAGCUAACUGGUUGGAAUACGCAUCUAAGCACACAGUUAAUGUGUCAACUAACAAUUAUUUCGUCACAUGGCUCAUGAGUUAUUUGAAUUAUCAAAUAGAGCAUCAUCUCUUCCCGUCAUGUCCCCAGUUUAGAUUCCCUGGUUACGUCAGUAUGAGGGUUCGAGAAUUUUUUCAUAAGCAUGGAUUGAAGUAUAACGAGGUCGGCUAUCUACAUGCACUCAAUCUCACAUUUUCAAAUCUGGCUGCUGUUGCCAUAGUGGAAUAGCUCAAUAGUGUAGGAGAGCAUAGUA